AUGGCACCCCGCGAGAAGAAUGGCGUCCUCACAAACUGGAAAUGUCUGGCCGCUUGCACCCUGAUCUCCAUGUCUCCGUUCCAAUAUGAAAUCGAUUUUACGAUGAUCGGUGGUUUCCAGGCCAUGAUUGGAUUUCUCCAGGUGUAUGGAGAGAGAGAUCUUGAGACGUCGAUUGGAUGGAACAUCUCCUACACACGCCAGCAGCUCGUUUCGUCUCUGAUGACGCUCGGCGCAUUCAUUGCGUCGUCGUCUGCUGGUCCGAUCGCCGUGGUUCUAGGCCGCAAAAGCAGUUUGUGGACGGCGUGCCUCCUGAUCUACGUCGCCAACAUCAUCAUGAUGACCACCACGUCGAUCGGCGCGCUGUACGCGGGUCGAUUGAUCAUCGGUCUGGGGAACGGCCUUCUCAUGACGUUUGCCCAGCUGUAUAUUCAGGAAUGCGCCCCUGCCCGCUACCGCGGCGUCAUGAUCUCCAUGUUCCAAUUCUGGACCUCGCUCGGCUCCCUCAUCGGCACCAUCAUCGACAACUUCACGGCCAAGAUCAUCGGCAAGAACAGCUACAUCAUCCCGCUGGGGCUGAUCUAUAUUAUCCCCGCGAUCCUCUGCAUCGGCAUGCUGUUCAUCCCCGAGUCUCCGCGGUGGCUGCUGCAGCACGGCAAGCGGGAGCAGGCGCGCAAAGCGCUGCUGUGGCUGCGUCCAGACCCAGAAACCGUCAGCCAGGAGCUGGAUGAGAUGCAGGCGGCGCUGGACAUGGAGCGGAACCUGGCCGCGAGCGUGUCGGUGUGGGACAUGUUCACCAACCCGGUCGACCGGCGACGGACGAUUCUGGCUGUGUGUGGCGUGACGCUGCAGGCUGCCAGCGGUGCGAUGUACAUGAUUGCCUACGGAACGUAUUUCUUUGAAAUGGCCAACGUCGGCAACGCGUUCGAGAACAGCUGCAUCCUGACGGCGCUGGGAGUGGUGGCGAUCGUGAUCAACAGCGCAGUGGCCUCUCGGCUCGGGCGUCGACGAGUCUUCCUGACGGUCGGCAUGACACUGUGUGGCAUCAGCCAGCUGAUCACGGCGGUGGUGUACACCGUGCAACCGGAGGCGGAGUCGACGGGCAAGGUGAUAGUGGCGUUGGCGGUGAUAUUCAUUGUUGGAUACAACGGGAUGGUCUCGACUUAUGCGUGGGUGUCUGGCGGCGAGCUGCCAUCGCAGCGCCUUCGAUCGUAUACAUUCGGUUUGGCCGCGGCGAUUGGCUUUCUGGGAGCGUGGCUCACGACCUUUACGGCGCCGUACUUUAUCAAUCCCGACUCGCUGAACUGGGGUCCUAAGUACGGCUACAUCUGGUUCCCAUCCUGCCUGAUCGGCGCCGCCUGGGUGUACUUUUACCUUCCGGAGGUCAAGAAUCGUACUCUGGAGGAGAUUGACGAGAUGUUCGAAAUGCGUGUCCCCGCGCGCAAGUUCUCGUCCUACAAGUGCGUUGGUCGUGCCGCGCUGGAAGCUGCCGAGAGGAAGAAUAGCGAGGAAGAGAAAGGCAAGGAGAAAGAGAAGGAGGAGAAUGGGGUGACGGAGGAGAUCAUUGAGAGGGUUGACUAA